UCCAGGCAUCGAAGAUUCACGACUAAGGGACCUGCCUCAUCCUCUCCCUACCCCUUCCCUCGUGCUCCACACGGAGAAAACAGGACUAACAGCCUCAGAAUUCUCAGAGAGCCAAAGAUUUCUUUUUUUUUUUUUAAACUGCCUUCAGCAGUGAGCACAAAGCCACAUUUCAAAGGAGACUGACAAAUUAUCCCCAGCUGCCAGAAGGAGAAUUCCUUUUGGACGCCUUCUUGCCUCCUGUGAGAUAUUACCCAACCUGCUGCAAGAAUGAAGGUGUUCCAGUUCCUCGGAGGAAUGGUCUUCUUCACCUUCAUGUUUUCCAGCUACUCUGAACAAAAUCAAGUGAAUGUGCUGUGCUCGACGGAUUGGUUCAUGGUCACCGUUCACCCCUUCUUGCUGAAUAAUGAUGUCUAUGUCCACUUUUAUGAGGUGCAUUUGGGCCUGGGUUGUCCUCCCAACCACGUUCACCCACACUUCUACCAGUUUACCUACCGAGUUACAGAAUGUGGCAUCCGCAUCAAGGCCAUCUCUCCAGAUGUAGUUAUCUACAGCUCUGAGAUCCACUACGCUUCCAAGGGCUCAUCCUCUAGAUAUGUGAUCCCCGUGUCAUGUGCUGCCCCUCGACGGUCCCCUUGGCUCACUAACCCCCAGUCCGUGAAAUCUCCCGGCAACAACAUGGCUGCGACCCAGAGGAAUGAGACGUCCUACAAUGUGUUCAGCUUGCCAGAGCCUAGCCAAGCAUCCAACUGCAGCUGUCCACCUAGUGUCUUCAAUCAAGAGAGCAUGUAAGCCCAUCACCAGCAGAGUCUUUGGAGGCCCAUCUCGUGUAGUCAUCGGACUUCACUGAUAUUUCUGGGGACUAGUGUGUUCACUCAGAUGAUAUGGGGAAAGCCAUGUAGUGCCCAGAUUUGGAGGCUUCUGAAAACUCUGUUUCUAGAAUUAGUAUGUAGCAUUUUCUACUGUCAGUCAAAUAAGUGCCAUUAGGGCUUUUGAAGAUGAAUU